AUGAAACGCUCAAUUAUAAUCAAUAAUUCUAAUGAGAAAAAUCAAAUAAAUGAUAGUCCAAAACGAAUACGAAAACGUUCACUAGAAGAUAAUGGUUGCAUGAAGAAGUCAAAAAAGCGUCGACAUAUUUCACCACAACAUGAAAAUCAUUCGAAAAUAUCUCUAUCACCGAAGAAAACGUCAAAGAAACGAUCAUUAAUCAAUAAUACAUUUCUUUCGACGAAAAACAAUAGUCAUACAACACGAAAAUCGUCUUCGCGUCGUCAAUCAUUUUCUACAGAACAUUUCGUCGAUAUUACAUUACCAAAUUGGGAAUGUAUUUCUCCGAAUAUCGACCAAAUUCUCUCGAAUAAACACACUCAAUCAGGUGUUUUUGCUCAUGAAGUUCAUCUUGUUCAACAAGAACUCGAGGCACUUCUCUCGAUGUCCAUUGUUCGUGAAGAUUUUCUCAAAGAUCUUCUUCAUCCAACGAAACCAAUCAGUAACGAGAGUCUUCGUUCGAAAAUUCGGCAACAUCAACAGGCAGAAUAUAUCUACUCGUCGAAAAAAGUUCCGAAAAAACCUUUACCGUCAUUGACUAAUCAACUGCAAGCACGUCAUUACCAACCAAAUCUACUGCUGGACCGGCAAGUAUCCAUGGCGCCUAUCAUCGGCGCCCGAAUAGAUAAAAUUUGGUCUGAUAUCAAUACAUAUUUUCGUAAAACAUCAUCUAAUGAUCUUUUAAUACUUCGAAAUCUGAUCGAAUUUCAUCAACUUUUGGAAGAAAAACUCGAACAAUAUAAAACUGACUAUCAAAAUCAAGUGUUAACUUCGACGAAUAUUACUGAACAACUGAACGAAGAGAACUUUCAUGAGCUAGAUAAUAUUACCGAAUUAAAUCCGUUAGUUACGCACUACGUAGAACGAACAACGAUGGGACGAUUUCAAAGAAAAUUGUACGAUCGUGUGCCUCAUAACUCACCUGUGUAUAAGACUCCUAUUUCAAGUCCAUUCUAUCGAAAAUCGAUUACAAAUGGUUUAGACAUCAACUCUUCCGUGCGGAGUUCGCCUCGACUGCAUCCCAAUCUUCGAGUGGACGCAUCCAAUAUAAAAUCCAGUGAUGACGUGGAUCCACUUCGAUCGAAAAUAAAAGGUCGAACGACUCCUACUAGCCCACCAUCGCCAGUUAUACCCUUUCACGAGCGUGUGCAAACAGUUCAUGAUUAUCUAACUGAUCAGCAUCCCUUAGAGAAACGGCCACUAUUCAAUGAACAUCGAUCAACUCGAAAGCGGAAAGCUUCUCUCACAAUGUCCAAUGAUCAUUGUACAGAUACGUUCGAGUCGAAACUUUCAGCGUUAAUAUCGUUAUUACAUGAAUCGUCCACAAUAAUUUCAUCGGCGUUGACUCGUGCACGAGUCCAAUCAUCGAAUGAACAGACCUGGCAAAAAUUGACAAAUAUCGAACACGAGCUAGAAACAUUAAUACAAAAAGUGGAUUCGACCCUCACCGGUGGAACUGAUAACCCAAAUAGUAUCAAUCUGGAGAAAACAUUUCAAACGUUAGAACAUUUGUUGAAAGAUUGGAAGAAACAUGAAGACGAUUUCAACGGUCAACUUGAUCAAUUACAUUUUGAGAUGAUGAAUUAG